UGGGAACCCUCAACCUUCCUUUUGAUAUUGAAUCAAUCGACCUUGUGAAAUGUUAUCUUGGCAUUUGAUUUGGAAGCGUAUCUGUAGCUUCUCUCCCCCGCCGGUGACAGUAUCUCCAGCCUUUUUCUUUUGACCGUUAUCAUUCGCCAUGUCCUCCGGCUCAGUUCGCGACGAAGAAGAAGAAGAAGAAGAAGAAGAAGAGCGCUUAAUCAAGAAAGCUUUAGAUAGCAAGAAAAAUACCACACCGUACUGGCGGCCCGUGAUUUUGAUCACGAUGAUGUUCAUUAUCCACGGCACGGGUUAUUUCAUAAGCGCUGCAUCGCAAACCCAGCUCCUCGAAGACAUCAUAUGUCGCAACCACUAUAGAGGGCAGCGGCCACAGCCCGAAUUGCAGAGUGCUAUCUCUUCGAAAGAAUCCUGCAAAGCCGCUGCAGUGCAGGAGAUCCUUGCCGAGUUGCUUGGAAUGCAGACUUUCUUCGAUGGCAUUCCUGGGUUGCUACUUGCUAUUCCUUACGGCGCGCUGGCUGAUAAGUAUGGACGGAAACCAAUCCUUAUCAUGAGCAUGUUCGGGCAGGUGUUGGGCUUUGCUUGGGUCAUCUUUAUAUGCUGGGCGGAACUGCCUUUGAAAAUAAUAUGGCUCUCAUCAGCUUUCACAGUGGUUGGAGGUGGUAGCACUGUUGCUGCAUCCAUUGUCAUGAUGGUGAUCGCUGAUGUGAUUCCCGAAUCUGAACGCUCAAAAUUAUUUUUUUAUCUUCAAGGAGGCUUUAUAUGCUCCGAACUCGUAGGGCCUCCCUUAGGGUCAGUUCUCAUGGGAAAGAGCCCGUGGAUCGCGAUCCUACUUGGAUUUGGAUUUAUCGUUGUUGCAUCAAGCCUAGCCUUAUUCGUCCCGGAGACCUUCGAGGGCCGCAAGAUCUCAGAAACAGCUACUUCGCCGUCAAUGGACACAUAUCAGUCACUCCCCCCUGACGAGGAAUCUCUGGAUGAUGAGCUCCUCGGGCCAAAGCAACUUCGUUCCACUGCCACUUCCUGGUUUCGUCACUGCCUACAGACAUUUAUGUUUGUUCUGAGCCAUGGAAGUGUCGUAUCAUUGGUAGCAACCUUCUUUAUCGCCGACUUUAGCCGGCAGUCUCUUUCACUUCUCGUGCAGUAUGUGUCCGAACGAUAUUCGUGGUCGCUAGCUAGGGCGAGUUGGCUGACAUCAUUUCGCGCUGGUUUCCAGCUCCUUUUCUAUCUAGCAGUUUUCCCAGCCACUGACGCUUGGUUAAUACAGAAAAUGGGCUGGCAAGCUAAGAUCAAGGAUCGCAGGAUGGCAAAGCUUACCAUAUUCUUGAUUGCCAUCAGCUUUAUAUUCCUUGCCCUGGCCCCACAAGUGUGGCUUAUUUUAAUUGGCCUGAUCAUCUACGCCGUUGGGAGCGGGUUUAACACUUUUACACGCUCGCUUGUAAGCUCCUUAGUGGACCCUGCGAUGAUUGGUACGCUUUAUUCUACCUUGUCUGUCGCCGAUACCACUGGCUCGUUACUUGCCGGGCCGUUGGUUGCAACGACUUACAAAUUGGGUAUGCAAUUGGGAGGAAUAUUUCACGGAAUGCCCUACAUGUUGUCAUUCGGGCUGUGCGCCAUUGCUGCUUUAGUUAUGAGCAGGUUGAAGUUGAACGAUGGCACGCCCAAGGAUGAUAAUAGAGCAGUUCCCACCGGAAACUUGGCCGUUAGAACUAGCGCAACUGACAUUGAAAGUCUAUCCGAUGCGUUAAGCUAGCUUUCAUGUAUGAAGACUCAAUAAGUCAAUGCUCUGUC